UUUCUUCGGGCUCGUUAAACGCAAAAAAUCGCACCCAUUAACCUUAUUGGUUGAAGACGCUCACACCCUUGUGUACAAGGUCAAGGAGAAACGAUGUCUAAGAGGAAAUCAGAGGGAGCACCAGGGAGUGCUUCAAAAGGUAAAAAGUCCAAGGAACUGGAAGGACCCAACUCCAGUAUAAGUCCAUCAGUCUGUAAUGGCACUGACACAGAAUACAUCAAAGAUCCAUUUUGUGAUCCAGACAAUCCAAAGAAAAUCCAGUUCCAGGACGUCAGUGCAGCUGCAUAUAAGAUUAAAGAUGGCAUUCACCGGAGUCCAUGUAUUAAAUCUAGAAUGUCUGCUAUGGUGAAUAUGGAUAUCUAUUUCAAGAAAGAAUUCCUGCAGUUUACAGGAAGCUUCAAAGAAAGAGGAGCAAGAUAUGCUCUCAUGCAGCUAUCAAAAGAACAGAAGGAGAUAGGAGUUAUAGCAGCCAGUGCUGGUAACCACGCCCUGGCUCUGGCUUAUCAUGGACAGUGUCUGGACAUCCCAGUAACCGUUAUCAUGCCCAUCAUAGCACCUAUGAUGAAAAUCCAAGCAUGUGUUAGUUACGGAGCCAAUGUCAUUAUCAAAGGCAAUGAUAUCUCAGAGUCAAAAGUACAUGCUCAGAAACUGGGUAAAGAAAAAGGAUAUGUUUAUGUGAAUGGUUAUGACCACCCUCACAUCCUAGCUGGACAGGGAACUAUGGGAUUGGAGAUUGUGGAACAAGUCCCUGAUGUGGAUGCUGUGGUCAUACCUGUGGGUGGGGGAGGGCUAAUCGCAGGGUCUGCCCUUGCCAUCAAGAACCUAAAACCAUCUGUACAGAUCAUUGGUGUUGAGGCAGAGAGAUGUGCCAGUUUCACAGAAGCAUUAAAAGCUGGAAAACCAGUACGAACUACAAUGGCUUCUUCUAUUGCUGAUGGUUUAGCUGUACCAACAGUUGGAGUGAAUGCAUUUGAAACGGCCAAAGACUUGGUUGAUAAAGUGGUAACUGUAAAGGAGGAGAAUAUAGCUUUAGCGAUCCUGCGUCUGAUUGAACUUGAGAAAGCCAUCGUAGAAGGAGCGGGAGCAACAGGACUGGCAGCCAUAUUAGAGGGAUCACUUCCUGAACUCAAAGGAAAAAAGGUGGUUGUGGCACUGUGUGGUGGAAACAUUGAUACCACAGCCCUGGGUCGUGUGAUAGAACGUGGGCUUGCUGCUGAUGGACGUCUUAUUAGAUUUGUGGUGACGGUGUCUGAUAGACCGGGAGGGAUCGCCGAGCUCACCAAGCUAUUGGCAGAUCUAGGAGUCAGUAUCAAAGAUAUAUUCCAUGAAAGAGCAUGGCUGAAAUCAGAUGUGUUUUCAGUACAGGUGAAGUGUGUUGUAGAGGCGAGAGAUAAAGCCCACUCAGAGGAACUAGAAGCAGCUCUCAGGAAAAAAUACACACAAGUGGCAUGGCUGCCGAUGUAUUUCUGAUAGCAUAUGCCAGUUUUAAUUGCUGUAAAUGUCAUUAAGAAUCUUAGACUAGAAUCUCCUAGUGUCCAUGACAAAAGAUCUGUACAAAUACUACAGGUAUUUUUUUUAUAAGAAUAAAAUAAUUUAUGAGUGGAUGAUUACAAUUCACAAAACAAUGAAGCGUGUCAUACAAGUGAAAGAAGUCCUGUAUGAUGCAGUGUGUCAUUUUAGACAGACAAUCAUGCAUAAUUAUGAAAAAAAAAUUGUUAAGUCUUGAAUCUCAUUUUUUUUUUUUGCAAACAUAUUUCUAUGUAUUUUAGUCAGCCAUGCAGGGAAUUAUCUGAUGGAUGUCAUGGUAAUGUUUUUGAUGCUAUAUACAUGUAGAUGUACAUACUGUUGUCUGCAUUGUUUAUUAUGCAAUGUCAGUAUUAUCUUAUUAUAGACCAUCUCAGGGUUGGGGGAAAUUUUUAAACCAGUUUUUAAAGAGUCUAGAAUUUAUCACAUUGAACUAUUGCUGAAAUUUUGAUAUCGUUACUUGCAGUCUUUUACAAUUGCCUUGUAAUGGUCUCACCUAACCUCUUUGUGCCUGCUGGCACUUAAAGCCCCCAUCUUCUUGUAAUGGUUUAGUGCUGCAUUUUACUUUGCCAUAUCAUAAUUAUUAUUUUUUAAAAUGAAUCUCUGUAGAUGGACCCCACAAAUUAUGGUUACAUUUUUCAAUUUUCGUUUUGAAUGUUCUGAAAAUCUAUGUAAAGUGGGGAAAAAUGGAAACUGUGGAACCAAUACUUGUAUAAUGCCAAUUUAUAUUGUAUUCCUGGGUAAAUUUCGCUGGUGUAAAAAUUCAACUGCUGUAAAUUGAAAAAAAGAGAACAUAUUCCAUAAAAAUGUUCUUUAAUUUUUGUAGGUACAAAUAUUAGUUAUGUUCUGUAUUGAUUAUAAGAAAUUAUGUUUUGGCUGAUCAAUAAUCAGUCAUCAAACUUGCGCACAGCAAAAUCAUAAAUUUUACAUUUUAAAGGAGUGGAAUUUUGAGUACACUAUAUUUAAAAUAUUUACUGGAUGUGUUAAAUGCCUUUUUGUGUUUUAUUGACAUGACAUAUUUUUAUAGUUAUUUACUUUAUAGGCAUUAUUAAUGAUGAAUUUUUUGUUUCUUUUUUUAUUGAUUUAUUUAAUACUCAGUAUUAAACAGUAAAAUAUAUUUUUAACAAAGACAGAUACAAUAAAACU